AACUCGAUGGUGUCAAGCGCACGAUUGGCUAUAGAGCGGCGACUGCGCAGCUAUAGUAACUGACGCGAAACCCGAAGUGCUCGGUGGGAAGGAACGAUUUUUUCCCUUUCAACGCAAGACAGGGUUGCUGCACGGUUGAGCGCAAAUCAGCAGGCCUGAGCUUUUCCGAAAGGGACGGACGGACGGACGGAUACAAUAAGAACUGCAUAUGAAGCACAGCACCCCGUUUAUAGCACCGUAUUGUUUAAAACAACACAUCAAGCAUAUACUUCAACUAAACAACAUUCUCAGUAAAUGGUGUGGCGACUCUUGAUAAAGGACUGAGAAGAAAAUGAAAUCAACAAACUUUUGUCUUAGCACUGAAGGAACAGAUGUUAUUCUAGCAACAUCAAGUGAUGAAAAAUACCCUCCAGAAAAUAUCAUUGAUGGACAGUCUGAAACAUUUUGGACAACAACUGGGAUGUUUCCACAGGAGUUUAUUAUUUAUUUUCAUAAAUGUAUCAUUAUAAGCAAGCUUACAAUCCAGUGUUAUUUAGUGCAAACGGUACGGAUUGAAAAAAGCACAUCUAAAGAUCCAGUAGAGUUUGAACACUGCAUUGAAAAAGACCUGGAAUAUAAAGAAGGGGAGCUUCAAACAGAAGAAUUUUCUUUUCCUGAGUUCCAGGCUACCCACCUGAGAUUCAUCAUUUUAUCUGCCUUUGAUACUUUCGUGUCAGUUCAUAGGGUAAUAGCAGAAGGAAUAGCACAAGAUAUUUAAAACCAAGGUUGAAGUGCUGUAAAUCAAAGUAGUAAUAUGGUAUUGAUUUUUUCCUGUUUCUUGUCUGAUUUUCUGAUUAUUUAAUACAUUCAUUCCAUUAAAUAAUGUUUAGCAAAA